CCACAUCCGCACACAUUUUGCUUUAUAUAACGACAGGACGGUACAGCUACUGCAAUCGUCGGAUCAAUAAACUUACACGGCGGACCAGAGCAUUGUCAACCUUCUACGAUGGCGCAUUGGACAACUUUCAUACUCCUAGUGCCGCUGAUCGCGGCACAGACUCCGAGGGAUUGCCCCUCCAGGGCUAGUAUUUUUCAAGACGUCUGCGCACAACAUGAUUUCCAGAGUUUGACUGCAUUCAGAAGGGAUACCAGGUUGCAUCACAACGCAUCCCUCGUUCGUGGAGACACUUUCGCUCCCGUCCCCCUUUUCGAACAGGCACCCCGGUUUGCGAGGUGCGUCUCGUCCUGUGUAGAUAUCGACCGCAGAAACGUUACGUGGUGUGUGAGGCUGGUGUAUUUCGGUGAGGCCAUUGAGGCUUGUGUUUCCCUUGGGGGUGAGGAUCAGCUUCAUAUUAGCAGCACCUGCAACAUGGCAGCACUUAAUCUGCACCUGGAGGACCAUCUCAGUUUGCCACCAAACGAUGAAUGUAUUUUUGGUCCUGGUUGUCUUGGACUCACUAACCUCAACUGGUUGUUCCGGGAUGCCUAUCUUACAUGUAUAUCUGAGACUGAGAACUGUCGUGAUGUAAGCAAUGCCAGGAUUCUCUCUUCUAGUAAUUUGGUUCAACCGCCAAAUAUUGAAACGUUUACAGUAUUACCCAUGAGAAUUCAACCAGCGGACCGGAUUAUAAUUUCUGCAGUAAUUACCUCUAGUUCACCUACUGUCCAUAUUACAUGGGCUCAUGGUAAUGUCACCUAUGAUCUCCCUUCCAAACAAAAUCCAAUUUGCAGCCACGCUAAGGAUCAAGUAUGUGUAGACCUAAAACAGCAUGUAACCACUUUCAGAGUUUCUAGUACUAGCACUGACUGUGCAUCACUCACGCGGAUUGAAACCUAUCUGAUAGUUGACAAUGCCACUCUGAGUGAUGCUGGGACAUAUGUGCUCAAUGCAACUGCUCAUUUUGUAAAACCUCAAGUAAAGACCAAGGCAAUCAACGUCACUGUUGAAUGCGAUGAGAGUCAGUUGUUUAAGGCCGCAUGCUCCGAAUCGAAUAUUGUGAAAGACCAUGGGAGCAAUGCAGGAUGGCAAUGCAGUUUUAAUGCCCCACACAACUCUUCCAUAAGCGUAGCUUUUAACGAUACAUUUGUGGUGCCCAAAAAUAACCUGGGUGAAAAAAAAGGUCUUGGUGAGAUCUGUACGUCAGGGAAGCCAAGUGCCACAUAUACUGUGAUGGAAGAGCAACAUGUGUGUGACAGCAAGUACACAGUCGUGGUGGUUGUGUGCUCAGCUGCGGAAGAGGUGGUGGGCAACUAUUUUGUUUUAUGGGGGCAAGGAAACGUCACAGAAGGGAGCGGAGUCAGCUUUAAACUCACUUCUUCCUCUGCUCUAUCAACUUCAUCAGCUGCUGGAAAGAGUAGUGUGUCACCAGCUGCCUAUAUUGUUCCUGUGGCACUUCUCGUCCUCGCUCUUUUUGGCAUCAUUGUUGCCAUUAUAAUUGUUAUCCGAGCAAGGAAAAGGAAACGUGUUCUUGCCCACCUGCGAAGUCCAGACCCACUAGUCGCCCCAGAGGCGGCAUACCGCAAGAAGAGCGACCUGUUUUCCCCUGUAUCUCUACUGUCUCCACAAUCGGCCAGGGCUGCUUUCAAUGAUCCUCUCGAAUUUCCUCGCAAUAGGCUCUACAUCUAUACUAACAAAGUGCUGGGUGAAGGAUCAUUUGGCAGAGUGCUUCAAGCCAAGGCUGAUGGCAUUGUUCCAGACUUGCCAAACAGGAAUUUAGUGGCCAUUAAAACAACCAAAGACAAUGCAACCAGUGUUGAGAUAGAGGAGCUACUGGGAGAACUGGACCUGAUGAGGAACAUGACACCUCAUGAGAACAUCCUUAACCUCCUCGGCCAAUGCACUACCCCAGGUAGGGUAGUAUAAUGUGCCAAGGCACUGAAUGUUUAAGGGCCAGACAUGAAACUACUACAAACAGCUUCCUCUGAUGUCAUUAAUAGGAAGCCUUCUUGUUCCUUUACUAGCCUGCCAGUCUUCAUUGGUUUCCUGUAGCGUGUGAUGUCAUGUUUGUUUCCUGUUCAGGAGGCCCUGUGUGUCUGAUUGUGGAGUACGCCAGGUAUGGCAACCUUCGUGACUUCCUGCGGCAGUGUGAAGAAGUAGUGCUCUCACUCAACCACAAACCACACAUUCCUAGAAGCAAGUAAGUGUGUGAGUACUCUAGGCCAAGUUUACAUUAUACUCCUUGUGUUCCCACUUGGUCACUUGCAGAUCUCGCACGAGGACAUUUUCUUCAUCGAGCUUUAGUUCCACUCAUCCACUGAUGUUGCGACAGAAUUCAUCCGUGUUCACACCUGGGAGUGCACAUCACCACGCUGUUUUCUCAUUUCCCUCUCCUCCAUCUCACAAAAUGAGCAAUAGCAGCUCUAGCAGCACUACAGAGAGCAAGGCUGCUGCUCAUCAUCCUAGCACAGCAGUACCUCUUGCACACUCUGUGGCUCCAAUAGGCCACGAUUACAUCAACUCAAAGGGCCUUGUUUACAUGGAGGACGUGCACAACUUUGCCCUCCAAAUUGCAUGUGGACUUCAGCACCUUGCUAGUAUGGAGGUAUGUACUCAAGCAAUGCAAUGAAUCUAAUUAAAGGUGCUGAGUUAUGACUGUACUUAUAUGCGUGGGUUCACUGACUUCCUGUUUGCAGAUAGUGCACUGUGACCUGGCAGCUAGAAAUGUGCUGAUAGCUGAAGGGUUUGUUUUGAAGAUUGCUGACUUUGGUCUGGCCAGAGACAUCAGUGGAAGAGAAAUGUACAAGAAGAAUCCGAGGGUAUAUACAUUAGCUAUACAAAAGGCAUAAUAAAACAACUCAGUAACAUUUCCUUGUCACAGGGCAAGAUACCAGUGAAAUGGACAGCACCAGAAGCAUUGGAGCACAGAGUAUUCACCAAAAAAAGUGAUGUAUGGUCUUUUGGCGUUGUACUCUGGGAACUCUUUACCUAUGGUCACAGUCCCUAUCCUGAUCUGCACCUUGGACAAUCUUAUGAUACAAUCAUCUCCUACCUGAAGGAAGGGAACAGAAUGGCUCAGCCAGACAGCUGCUCUGAUGAGUUCUAUGAACUGAUGCUGAAGUGCUGGUCUUUGGAUCCUGAUGAGCGACCGACACCCAUUGACAUUGUAGCCACUCUCACACCACUCGAUGGACCUUCUCUUCCAGACAGCAGUGAUGUUUCUGAAGUGCGUGAAGAGGACUGCAAAACCAAUGGUGUGACACCAAAUGGCAAUACCUACAAUCAGUGAACAGCAAACAUGAAAUUGGCAAUGUAUUUUGAUUUUUUAGGCACUAACAAACGACAAGAGAAAAUGGUCAUUCUUGCGCGUGCGCACGUUCGGGGCAGUCUAGUUAUUGCGCAUGCGCUGCGGCUACGGUAGGUGCUCUAGCCUUGCGUUCCAAUCGCUCCUUGUCGUUAUGAUUUGCACGUAUAUAUAGCUAUUAGCAUGAGCACUCCUGCCAGCGCAAGCUCUAGCUAUGAUUUUUAAUAUGAUCGAUCGUUCGUAAGUAAGUAUGCCGUCUGUCUGCCAC